AUGGAGGGGUUGUUGGGAUGCGCAAUCGUGGCUGUCAUUUUUAGAUCCCGGUGGGGUGGAAACCAAGACCCUCGGACACAGUUGCACAAGGAGACCUCUAUCGAAGGAGACAUUGGUGAUAACAAAUUUCGAGCUUCCGAUACUCUCUGUAAUCGUGCUGUGGACAUCUUUUUCUCAAAGGCGCUGGUCAUCGAGGUCUCAGGCGAUAAAGCGGUAUUGUUCCGGCGCCAAGAUCUGUGGGCGCCCCGCCGGGAAUAA